AUCUAUUGUUUCUGUGUGUUUUUUUUUUUUAGACUUUUAAAACAAUGUUUAUAAAAUUUUUGUUAAUUUUUUUAAUUGGAAUUCCAACAAUUUUCUGUGCUAAGUUACCGGAUUAUAUUAAACCAUGCAAGUUGGAUGAUGCAAAUUUGAAUAGUUGUGCAUACAAUAAUGCGAAAGCUGCAAUACCAAGGAUAGCGCAAGGUGAUCCCAAGUAUAAUUUACCAUCUUUGUCUCCACUACACAUCCACCAAAUAACUUUGGGUGGUAGUCGAAGUUUAAAUUUAUCAUUAAGUCAUGUCGAUAUUAUUGGUAUUCCUGAUGUUGACUUACAAACGUUAGGAAUUACAUUUAACGAUUCCAUAUAUCGUUUAACAGCAAGUGCUAACGUACCUAAAUUAAAUGUUAAAGGUGAUUAUAAAAUAAAUGGACGUAUUUUAAUUUUACCAAUUACUGGAAAUGGACCAGCUAAUAUUAAUUUAGAUGAUGUUUUCUUCGAAGUUGAAUAUGAUCUGAAACCAGAAACGAAAAACUCCAAGGAAUAUUUAAAAUUAGUUAACGAUAAUAUCGAAAUGAAAGUAAAACAUGUAACGUUCAAAUUUGAGAAUUUAUUUAAUGGUGAUAAACGAUUAAGUGCCGAAAUGGAUAAGUUUAUAGCAAACAACUCGCAAGAGAUAUUUAAUGAAUUGAAACCCGCCAUUAUUGAAGUUAUAAAAACUGUGUGUUUAUCGAUUCUUAAAGGCAUUACAAAUAAAGUACCUUUAGAUGAAUUGUUCGUUAAGUAAAAAUGUUUUUAAAUAUGUUGCAAAAGAAAAUGUAUAAAUUAAAGGAAAUAAUUGGAUUAUUUUGUAAUAUAUUUAUAUUUUUCUA